AUGUCUCCCUCAAGAGGCUCUUCAAUCGACAUCGAAGCCCUCAGCGGCAUCUGUGGCUCCAUCUCAAUUGCCUGCUGGGUCGUCGUCUUCUCUCCUCAGAUCAUAGAGAACUUCCGCCGAUCAUCGGCAGAAGGCCUUUCGCUAUCCUUCAUUGUAAUAUGGCUUGCGGGAGAUGUUUUCAAUAUUCUUGGAGCGGUCUUGCAGGGUGUUUUGCCCACCAUGAUCAUCCUCGCUAUUUACUACACCGUUGCUGACCUUGUCCUCCUCGGUCAAUGUUUCUACUACAAGGGAUUUACACUGAAGGAUGAAAUUGCAGAAGAGGAAGCCAUUGCACCUGAUGAAGAGAGAUCACAAGAUGCAAACGAGCGUACAUCCCUACUGCCAUCUCCUAUGCCCGAUUCGCGUACACCACCACGCCCGCGCAUCAGCGACGCCGAUCGGGGCAAACGCAGCUCCUUCUCUUCAAUUCAUUCCUACAUUUCUGCGGCCAGCGCCAGCAACGUAGACGCAACCUAUCUUUCGCCAGCAACGCCUUUCAUCCCUCCAAAGACCGCAACAUCUACGCCUGCCGCAGCUGAGACUCUCAAGCCUACCCCCUCCCUUAAGACUUUUACUUUCAAUACCAGCAUUUUGAUCGUUGUCUGUGGUGUAGGCGUGUUGGGCUGGUGGCUAUCCACUCGCUCCACACAUAUCGGCUAUCUUCAUGGAAGCAAUACAGAUGGCAUUGUUACGGUCGCGACAUCGGACGAAGAACUCAGGUUCGACCUAUGGGGUCAAAUCUUCGGCUACCUCUGUGCAGUGCUGUAUCUGGGUAGCAGGAUCCCGCAAAUUCUUCUCAAUCAGCGGAGAAAGAGUACAGAAGGUGUCAGCAUGCUGUUCUUCAUUUUCGCAUGCGUGGGCAAUGCUACAUAUGUGAUGAGCAUUUUUGCUUACGAGCCGGCGUGUGCGGGGUUGUCGGGAUUGCAUGGCUACGGGGGUGGAGAUCUUGGCCAAGGGCCCAAGAACGAUGAAGGGGGCGGAUGUCUACCUCAUGAGUGGGCGGAGCAGUAUGGGAACUACAUUGCUGUCAACGCGAGCUGGCUCAUUGGCAGUGCUGGUACGCUGGUGCUGGACCUGAUUAUCUUUGCGCAAUUCUGGAUCUACCGGGAUAUGGGGUCUCAUAAUGAAACUGGUUAA